AUGGUGGUGCGGUCUUCGACGCGCGUUCUGGAGGAGGGAAAGGAGGAAGCAGUGGCUGUACCCAGCGAGGUCGCCGAGGCGAUCGCCAUGGUGAAGAGCGAUUCUCCGCUCGUGGCGGCCGAGGGUUUCUCCAAGCUCUCGCACGCCACGUUUAAUAAUCCGGUGGGGAAGGAGGCAGCAGGAGACGCGGGUGCCAUUAAGGCAAUUGUGGAUGCCAUGGAGCGCAAUAUUUCCAACGGAACUGUACAGGAAGACGGCUGCCACGCGCUACGCAAUGUCGCAUUCCACUGCCUACCUAACCUUGUGCUGGCUCGGGGACAAGGUGCGAUCGCUGCUGUACUCAAGGCAAUGGAGACGCAUCCUGAGAACGAGGCUCUUCAGGCCGAGGGCUUGUGGGCGCUGCUGGUCUUCUGCUCUAACACGGCAGAGGAGAACGCCGUUGUUGCCAAGCCACAUGCCUCGUUAGUGCACAAGGCUGUUGCGACGUACCCUUCCAACGUCGACGUCCAGAGCCGCGGUCGCUUCCUCACAGUUCUCUUUGCUUAA